AUGGGAGUUGCUUCUUCAUAUGCCAGGAUCAAGCGCCUCAUCAUCGCAAACAGUAAGAAGAUCAAUGGCAUGCAGGAGGUCCGGGAUAUUCUGCUCAGGAUCAAACUGAGAGGAUUGUACAUCCAUCUAGCAAUCACGACUCAUCUGCAAAGCCACGAACAGUCAAGCGCGGAGCUGACUCAAUGUUACAAGUUACGGCCAAGAGAGCUAAAGAGUCGUCUACUCGAGCAAAGAGUCCUUAAGUUGCACGAACUGCAGAUCCAGAAGUUGAUGAUAGCUCCGCUGGUCAAGUUCGACACUCAUGUUGAAGCCACGGAGGCAUCCAAGCAUGAGAUUGUUGCUAAUGCGUACAAGCUGGGAUACUCGGAUUCCAGGAAUAGUGCUUCUCCUUGUUGCCCUCUCAAACAUGAAGACGGUAAGCAGCUUUAUCUUGACAUGCCCCCUGCUCAAAGUGAGCAGAGCAAUGUUGUGGAUGCAGAAGCAGUUGAAGAGCAGAUAGCAGAUGAAGCUGCAAUAGAGGAAGACAACUCCCAAGGUGGCGUAGCUGAUAAGGUUAGACCAUAUGCGAAGGAGCAGGCAGGUGAGGCCGUUGAGUAG